AUGGUCGGUACCAACGUGAAAUUAGCUGCAGUUCCACAAAAUGUAGUUGCGUUGACACCUGAUAAUUUCUAUAAGAUUGUAUUGGAUCAGAAAAGAUGUCUUGGUCGGGUUUUAUGCCCCAUGACAUACGAAAAGGUAGCCACGGUAUUUAAGCAGGAAGAAGGUGUAGUCAUAGCCAACUUGGAUGCUGAUGCACACAAAAUCCUUGGCGACAAGUAUGGAACGCUAUACUCGAAACUGGCAAAGAAGUACAUAGAAAAAGGUUCAGGCUAUGCUUCCAAAGAAGUUAAGCGGCUUGGACACGUCCUUGGCAAGUCGGGGAGUCCGGUGAAAGCUGAUGAAUUCACACUCAAGAGAAACAUCCUAAACACGUUGUUGCUUCUUCUUAGAAGCCAAAAGCCCUGA